GUCAGUGCAAGAUCUGGUUUAUUAACUCCUGAGCUCUCAGAUUCCUGCAGUAAUGGCUGGAAAUAAGUUAUACUUUGGCUUGUUCAUCACCAUUGCAAUAAUAACUGUUACAAUCAUAGUUGUCUUACAUGGGAGAAAACCACCUAAGGUGCCGUGUCCUGGUGGAAGUUUCAGGAAAGCUGCAGUUGCUGCUGACUCCGAAAUAUGCUCGAAAGUUGGACGAGAUAUCCUGAGGGAAGGCGGUUCAGCGGCAGAUGGCGCAAUAGCUGCUCUGCUGUGCACAUCAGUCGUAAACCCACAGUGCAUGGGCAUUGGUGGAGGAGCCAUAUUCACCAUAAUGGACAAAAAUGGUACGGUGAAAACAAUCAACACCAGAGAAACUGUUCCAAAGAACUUCAGAGGAAAUCUCUCGGACUGCUCAUAUGACAGUACAGGUAGUCAGUGGAUCGGUGUGCCUGGUCAGAUCCGUGGUUAUGAGCAUGUUCACAGGCUGUACGGUCGUCUGCCCUGGUCCAGUCUGUUCCAGCCCACUAUCCGCAUGGCCAGAGAGGGGGUCAAAAUCUCUGAAAUACUGGCGCGUUAUCUCUCCAUCACCGAAAGGCAAAUGCGUCUGAGCGCACCUGGUCACAGUAGAGAUAUGGAUGAGCCCAUUAUGGCGACCACAGACCUGGAGCCUCAUUCAGCCAGUCUUGCCAUCAAGCCACUUCGCACCAGCCCUGUCAUCAGGCCUUCCUACGCCAGCCCAGCCAUGGAACCUUGCAGCAUUGUCCUCACCAUUUCGGCCUUUUACCAGACUCUGCCUUUCUUGCAGCCUGCCACGAAGAAGUGCAAGCACCAUUCCUCACCAGUCUGA